AUGAACUGCCAGCGUCAUCCAACACACGUCGCACAUGACAUCACCUUCGGCAGCAUCCUUGCCAUCCUCGCCGCGCAGCCUCCCAUUCCUGUUUCUGCCUCGCAUUUGGCACUCAUGGCUUCUCACGUUGUCUCGUCGCUGAGUAAUGCAGCCACUCCGCUGCGAUUCACCUUGUUAAACCAGCAGCUCACACAACUCUCGGAGCUCGUAGGGGUUCCAGUGGACCAACUACGUUGCGUCGCUUGCCUGUUAGCUGUCUACCCAUUGGCACUUAUCGUGCGCAAGUUGCCGUCGGUCACAGCUAAGCAUUGGCUGCACAUUUGCGCUGGUGUGAGCAUCGCCCAAUUCGUCUAUGGAACAGGAUGGCUACACUCGCUUCUAUCCUCGCUGGUCACGUACGCGUUGGUGUGCGUGCUGCCGCCCAAACGCGCACCGUUCGUGGUGUUUCUCGCCAAUAUGUUGUUUGUGGCGGCACUGCACAUCCACCGUAUGCGAGUCAACUAUAUGGGCUGGAGUAUGGACUCGACAGCGAGUCAGAUGCUGCUGCUCAUCAAGCUCACGAGCUUCGCCUUCAACUACCACGAUGGUGUUGUUCCCAGUGCCACAGCAGUGCAGAACGGCGACUCAGAGCACACGAAAAGAGUCAAGCAGUUGCGUAAACAACUGGCGAUCCCACAGAUCCCGUCACUGCUGGAGUUUUUGGGCUUCGUCUACUGCUUCACGACGUUCCUGGCCGGUCCGGCAUUUGAGUACAAAGAGUACAGCGACGCUAUUCACCAGGCUAGGUUCGUCGACAACAACGGUGUCCGACGUAAUGUGUCCCCUGCGCGUGCGGCAAUGUCCAAGUUGGUAUUGGGUCUUGGACUUAUGGGACUUUUGGUGCAGUUCGGAGCUCUAGCCGACUUGAAUCAGAUUUUGAACGAUGAGAAUCAGUCCAUGCUCAUGAAGUGGGGGCGACUAUUUGUCGCGUUGUUCUUGACUCGUGCCAAGUAUUACGUGGCGUGGAAACUGGCGGAGGGGGCGACUGUGCUGACCGGAACGGGAUUCGAAGGAUUCGACGAGCAGAACAACCCCAAAGGCUGGGAUGGUGUCAGUAAUGUGGACAUCCUGGGCUUCGAACUCGGCGCCAACGUGCGUGAGAUCUCGCGUGCUUGGAACAAGGGCACGCAGAACUGGCUGGAGCGUUAUGUGUACACACGCACGGGCAACUCGUUGCUUGCCACGUACUCUGUAUCGGCUCUGUGGCACGGAUUCUACCCUGGUUACUAUCUCUUCUUCCUCACGGUGCCGCUUGCGACGUCUGUGAAUCGCCUGGCGCGACGUCACGUGCGUCCGUACGUUGUGGACAGCCCGCUGAAGCCACUCUACGACCUCGUCGGUAUGAUCUGUACUGCUUUGGUCGUCAACUACUUGGCCGUCUCGUUCGUAGUGCUGUCGUGGGAGGACGCAGUUGCUGGUUUCCGCUCCAUGCGCUUUACUGGCCACGUCGGGCUUGUGGGCUGCUACUUGUUGCUCACCUUUGUGCCUAUCAAGAAGACUGCGAACAGUAAGAAGACCUUGUAA